AUGUCUCAGGCUUCUGCUACUAGUAUGCAAUACGUGCGCCUCGGACAGUCUGGUUUGAAAGUGUCCAAGAUCAUCUUAGGAUGCAUGACCUACGGCAGUCCUGAAUGGCAAAAGUGGGUUCUGGGAAAGGAGGAAGGUAUUACGCAUAUCAAGGCUGCGUACGACGCUGGAAUCAAUGCUUUCGAUACUGCGAACGUGUAUUCCAACGGGUUAUCUGAAAUCAUUCUGGGAGAGGCUAUCAAGAAAUACAACUUCCCUCGCGACAAGAUCGUCGUCUUGACCAAGGUGUUCGGCGUCGUCGGCAAUGAACCUUCCACUCAUCUCUUUGGGGAUCCCAUAUCCGACUCUUUAGGUUAUGUUAACCAGCGUGGGCUAAGCCGCAAGCACAUCUUCGAUUCCGUUAAGCAUAGUCUAAAAAGACUACAGCUCGACUAUAUCGAUGUCCUUCAGUGUCAUAGAUUUGACUACAAUACUCCCAUCUCUGAGACGAUGAGAGCCUUACACGAUGUCGUCCAGGCGGGCUAUGUUCGUUACAUCGGAAUGUCAUCAUGCUAUGCCUAUCAAUACUAUGCAAUCCAAAAUAACCUGACGCCCUUCAUCUCCAUGCAGAACCACUACAAUCUCAUCUACCGAGAGGAAGAAAGGGAGAUGUUCCCCACCUUGAAGAUGUUCGGCGUGGGUGCCAUCCCAUGGUCCCCCCUCGGCCGAGGAAAAUUAGGAAGGCCGUUCACCAAGGAAAGCGAUACAGUACGGGGAGAGACUGAUCCACUCCUCUCACGAUACAAAGGAAACCAGGCUGCUGAAGCCAUUAUUAAUAGAGUCGAAGAGCUCGCAAAGAAGAAAGGACUGACCAUGGCCCAGCUGUCGAUCGCGUGGAUCCUCAGCAAGGAAGGUGUCACCGCACCGAUUGUUGGGACGACUUCGCUUGAUAAUUUGAAGGAGCUCAUUGCCGCGACGAACGUUGAGCUUACAGCGGAGGAUGUCAAGUUUUUGGAGGAAGAGUACAAACCGGUGGUGAUUUCGGGUCAUUCUUAG